AUGCCUGAAAUGUCUCACCAGGGAUCUUCUCUUUUCUGGCAUAAUCAAGAUUAUAAGAGCUUGUCAAAGAAUGGUUCAGAGCGCAUACCAAAGCCGACGAAACCGAGUUCUGCCACUGACUCCGGACCCGAGCGUUGGCCUCCAUCCGCACGACCCCCUAGCCACACCGUCUUUACGCGGCGUAUCCAGCCCUACAGUAUCCAUGGGUAUAGUGGAAUCGACAGGGCUGUGUCAACUGUGGCGACACCUCCAAUGCGAGGACCCGGCGCCUCCAUUAUCGGACGCGGCCCAGUAACAAGGCUAGCUGAGCAAGGUACCAGCAUCUCCGUUUGCAUGGAGUCAGAAUAUGUCACAUUGUCUCGCUCUUCGAACAAAGCUUGGUCUCAGCAACGGAGCCCAAAUCCUCGAGCCCUUUCACAGAUGAUUUACGCUGUUCGGGGUCUUCUUCAGAGCUGGGACAUUAAGAGCUGA